GCCAAUGAAAAUUGUUUAUCGUUUAACACAAUGCUAUAGGUCAGGCACCCGAGUUGAGGCUAUCAUAGCCUACAACGUAUGUCGGCUCUUUGCCUACCUAGGCCUAGGUUGUGUUAUACUUGAUCGUGUUUUAACAUAACACGCUUAUGAAAUACAUCUGGCCGCGCCAAAUUUAUGUGACCAACUACAUAAUACAAUAGGUUAGGUCUGGAUCUGAUUCGUUGUCUGCGGCAUGGAAGAUCAUCGAUCAACCCUGGUGCCCUGCCAAGAAUCUCGCACAGGUUCACUGCUUCGCUAAAACUCGUCUGACUUGAAAAAUCAAUGCCGAUAAAGAGCACGAACUUAACAGACGAACACGGCAUAGCUAGCUGUAAUCCCCACCAUCACCAUGCUGCGUCUGUUGUGUAUCGCGCUGUCUAUUUUCUUAUUCCUUCAGCUCGCUGUUGCGGACUCUACCUCAACAGUCUUACGAAUUCCACGUCACUCCAAGUCAUCGUCACUAGUAGUGACCAAGUCUGUACUGUCAGCUCUCUUGGUUCGGCGAGGAAAGUUCACUGCUCGACAGGGCAGUGGGUGUCCUAGCGGAUAUCAGCAAUGCACUAACUACCCGGACGCAUGCGCCCCUACUGGCAGCUACUGUUGCAACGAUUCGUAUAACUGUCCAGACGGCACCACCUGCUUCGGAACUGAAUGUUGUCCCAAUACCGCGCAAACGUGUAAUGGAAGUACCUGCUGCACCUCUGGUAGUGAAUGCUGCAGCGACGACAGCUGCUGUGAAUCCGGCUACCUCUGCUGCAAUGACUCUACUGGGGGAUGCUGCCCUACUGGAACUACGUGCAUCGCAAAUUCUGACGAAUGUUCUGCUGGAGGCUCAGGUGGUGGAAGUUCUGGAGGUGGAAGCGGUGGAACUACUAGCGUCACGAUUGCUACUGCUACUCAUUCUCAGUCAACUGUGCUUCCAGGAACCACUCCUACCAGCAGUGGUAUAAUUACAUUCAACGGCCCCACAACAACUGGGUCUUCGAGCAGUCAAUCCCUCACUUCUCCGAAGAGUCAAUCCUCCACUUCUUCGACGGUUUCAUCCGCAGGGUCCACUUCCACUGGCUUGAGUAAGCAGCCUCUUUCCUCUACUACGUGAUCUAGCUUAUACCAUACACUUAGCGAACAUCAGUGCUGCUCCUCGUGGUAUCGCACUCACACCUGGGAAACAACUUAUGGCCUUGGCUGCAGUUGUUGGUUUGCCGAUUCUCCACAAUGUUGCCCAGGCAUUGUGAGUAUGCAAUGGCACUACUCUUCUCAUACUGUUCAUUGGUUGUUAAGGUUGUGAUUUAUGAUAUGUCGGAUACGGUGUUCACUUUGUUGCAUAACGGGACUUGUAACACGACAUUUUACCUGCAAAUCA